CAAAUGGGAAACACCCAAGUAGAAGUGGAACUGCUGUUCAAUGAUUCGGUAUCAACAGAUCAAAUCCCAGAAGCGGAUGCGGUGGUAGACACGUUGGUACAGGCUGUGACUAGUCCCAACAACACUUUCAAACUAACUAUUGAUCCAGACUCGAUAGCAGUCAUUCCUGAACAGCCAAGAACAACCACCCACAAACCAACAACUCAUGUACCUACAUCCACAAAUGCACCAUUAACCACAACUCAUGGACCAACAAGCAGCCAAGUUCCCUCAGCUCAUCGACCAACGGCCACCCUUGGGUCAACAACCACCCAAAUUCCUACAACUCACAGACCAGUAACCACCCACAUUCCCAUAACACAUGGAGCAGUAACAACCCAGACAUCUACAUCCCAGGGAUCAACCACAACCCACAUACCAACAACUCAUGCACCAGUAAGCACCCAGGUAUCUACAACUCAUGAACCAACAACCAUCCAGGUUCCCUCAACCCAUGGGCCAACCAUCGCCCAUGGACCAACAACCACCCAAAUUCCCACAACUCAUGGACCAAUAAGCACCCACAUGCCCACAAUCCAUGAAGAAGUAACCACCCAACCAUCUACAACCCAUGGACCAACCGCCACGCAGGUUCACACAACGCAUGGACAAAGAAGUACCCCAGUACUUACAACUCAUGGACCAUCAAACAGCCAGGUUCCCACAACUCAUGGACCAACAAGCAGCCAACUCCUCUCAACUCAUGGACCAACGACCACCCAUGGGCCAAAAACCACCAAAAUUCUUACAACUCACGAACCAGUAAGCAGAAGUACCCCGGUACCUUCAACUCAUAGACCAACAAACACCCAGGUUCCCACAACUAACGGACCAACAAGCAACCAUGUUCCCACAACUCACGGACCAACAAGCAGCCAAGAUCCCUCAGCUCAUGGACCAACGACCACCCAUGAGCCAACAACCACCCAAAUUCCCACAUCCCAUGGGCCAACAACCACCCACAUGCCCACAACUCGUGGAGCAGUAACAACCCAGGGAUCUACAAUCCAUGGGCCUAUAAGCACCCACAUGCCCACAACUCAGGGACCAGUAACCACUCAGGCAUCUACAGCUCAUGGACCAAUAAUCACCCACAUGCCCUCAACCCAUGGAGCAGUAACCACCCAGGCAUCUACAACUCAUGAACCAGCAAGCAUCCAGGUUCCCUCAACCCAUGGGCCAACCAUCGCCCAUGGGCCAACAACCACCCAAUUUCCCACAACUCAUGGCCCAAUAAGCACCCAGAUGACCACAAUCCAUGAAGAAGUAACCACUAAGGCCUCUACAACCCAUGUACCAUCAGACAGCCAGGUUCCCACAACUCAUGGACCAACAAGCAGCCAACUCCGCUCAGCUCAUGGACCAACGACCACCCAUGGGCCAAGCACCACCCAAAUUCUUACAACUCACGGACCAGUAAGCACCCAGGUAUCUACAACUGAUGGACCAGGAAGCAUCCAGGUUCCAUCAACUCAUGGACCAAUAACCACCCACAUGCCCAUAACACAUAAAGCAGUAACGACCCAGGCAUCUAUAUCCCAUGGACCAACCACUACCCAAAUUCCCACAACUCAUGGAUCAACAACCACACACAUACCUACAACUCAUGGACCGACAACCACCCAGGUAUCUACAACUCAUGAACCAACAAACAUCCAGGUUGCCUCAACCCAUGGGCCAACCACUGCCCAUGGGCCAACACCCACGCACAUGCCCACAACUCAUGGACCAAUAAGCACCCACAUGCCCACAAUCCAUGAAGAAGUAACCACUCAGGCAUCUACAACGCAUGGACCAACUACCAUGCAGGUUCACACAACGCAUGGGCAAAGAAGUACCCCAGUACCUACAACUCAUGGACCAUCAGACAGCCAGGUUCCUACAACUCAUGGACCAUCAGACAGCCAGGUUCCUACAACUCAUGGACCAUCAGACAGCCAGGUUCCCACAACUCAUGGACCAACGGCCACCAAUGGGCCAAGAACCACCCAAAUUCUUACAACUCACGGACCAGUAACCACCCAGGUAUCUACAACUGAUGGACCAGCAAGCAUCCAGGUUCCAUCAACUCAUGGACCAAUAACCACCCACAUGCCCAUAACACACAAAGCAGUAACGACCCAGGCAUCUGUAUCCCAUGGACCAACCACUACCCAAAUUCCCACAACUCAUGGAUCAACAACCACCCACAUGCCUACAACUCAUGGACCGACAACCACCCAGGUAUCUACAACUCAUGAACCAACAAGCAUCCAGGUUGCCUCAACCCAUGGGCCAACCACCGCCCAUGGGCCAACACCCACACACAUGCCCACAACUCAUGGACCAACAAGCACCCACAUGCCCACAAUCCAUGAAGAAGUAACCACUCAGGCAUCUACAACCCAUGGACCAACCGCCAUGCAGGUUCACACAACGCAUGGACAAAGAAGUACCCCAGUACCUACAACUCAUGGACCAUCAGACAGCCAGGUUCCUACAACUCAUGGACCAACGACCACCCAUGGGCCAAGAACCACCCAAAUUCUUACAACUCACGGACCAGUAACCACCCAGGUAUCUACAACUGCUCCAUCAACUCAUGGACCAAUAACCACUCUCAUGCCCAUAACACAUAAAGCAGUAACGACCCAGGCAUCUGUAUCCCAUGGACCAACCACUACCCAAAUUCCCACAACUCAUGGACCAACAACCACCCACAUGCCUACAACUCAUGGACCGACAAACAUCCAGGUAUCUACAACUCAUGAACCAACAAGCAUCCAGGUUGCCUCAACCUAUGGGCCAACCACCGCCCAUGGGCCAACACCCAGACACAUGCCCACAACUCAUGGACCAACAAGCACCCACAUGCCCACAAUCCAUGCAGAAGUAACCACUCAGGCAUCUACAACCCAUGGACCAACCGCCAUGCAGGUUCACACAACGCAUGGACAAAGAAGUACCCCAGUACCUACAACUCAUGGACCAUCAGACAGCCAGGUUCCUACAACUCAUGGACCAUCAGACAGCCAGGUUCCUACAACUCACGGACCAUCAGACAGCCAGGUUCCUACAACUCACGGACCAUCAGACAGCCAGGUUCCCACAACUCAUGGACCAACGACCACCCAUGGGCCAAGAACCACCCCAAUUCUUCCAACUCGUGGACCAAUAACCACCCACAUGCCCAUAACACAGAAAGCAGUAACGACCCAGGCAUCUGUAUCCCAUGGACCAACCACUACCCAAAUUCCCACAACUCAUGGACCAACAACCACCCACAUGCCUACAACUCAUGGACCGACAAACACCCAGGUAUCUACAACUCAUGAACCAACAAGCAUCCAGGUUGCCUCAGCCCAUGGGCCAACCACCGCCCAUGGGCCAACACCCACACACAUGCCCACAACUCAUGGACCAACAAGCACCCACAUGCCCACAAUCCAUGAAGAAGUAACCACUCAGGCAUCUACAACCCAUGGACCAACCGCCAUGCAGGUUCACACAAUGCAUGGACAAAGAAGUACCCCAGUACCUACAACUCAUGGACCAUCAGACAGCCAGGUUCCUACAACUCAUGGACCAUCAGACAGCCAGGUUCCUACAACUCAUGGACCAUCAGACAGCCAGGUUCCCACAACUCAUGGACCAACGACGACCCGUGGGCCAAGAACCACCCAAAUUCUUCCAACUCACGGACCAGCAACCAUCCAGGUAUCUACAACUGCUCCAUCAACUCAUGGACCAAUAACCACCCACAUGCCCAUAACACAUAAAGCAGUAACGACCCAGGCAUCUGUAUCCCAUGGACCAACCACUACCCAAAUUCCCACAACUCAUGGACCAACAACCACCCACAUGCCUACAACUCAUGGACCGACAAACACCCAGGUAUCUACAACUCAUGAACCAACAAGCAGCCAAGAUCCCUCAGCUCAUGGACCAACGACCACCCAUGAGCCAACAACCACCCACAUGCCCAUAACACAGAAAGCAGUAACGACCCAGGCAUCUGUAUCCCAUGGACCAACCACGACACAAAUUCCCACGACUCAUGGAUCAACAAGCACCCACAUGCCUACAACUCAUGGACCGACAACCACCCAGUUAUCUACAACUCAUGAACCAACAAGCAUCCAGGUUGCCUCAACCCAUGGGCCAACCACCGCCCAUGGGCCAACAAGCACCCACAUGCCCACAAUCCAUGAAGAAGUAACCACUCAGGCAUCUACAACCCAUGGACCAACCGCCAUGCAGGUUCACACAACGCAUGGACAAAGAAGUACCCCAGUACCUACAACUCAUGGACCAUCAGACAGCCAGGUUCCUACAACUCAUGGACCAUCAGACAGCCAGGUUCCCACAACUCAUGGACCAACGACCACCCAUGGGCCAAGAACCACCCAAAUUCUUCCAACUCAUGGACCAAUAACCACCCACAUGCCCAUAACACAUAAAGCAGUAACGACCCAGGCAUCUAUAUCCCAUGGACCAACCACGACCCAAAUUCCCACGACUCCUGGAUCAACAACCACCCACAUGCCUACAACUCAUGGACCGACAACCACCCAGGUAUCUACAACUCAUGAACCAACAAGCAUCCAGGUUGCCUCAGCCCAUGGGCCAACCACUGCCCAUGGGCCAACACCCACACACAUGCCCACAACUCAUGGACCAACAAGCACCCACAUGCCCACAAUCCAUGAAGAAGUAACCACUCAGGCAUCUACAACCCAUGGACCAACCGCCAUGCAGGUUCACACAACGCAUGGACAAAGAAGUACCCCAGUACCUACAACUCAUGGACCAUCAGACAGCCAGGUUCCUACAACUCACGGACCAUCAGACAGCCAGGUUCCUACAACUCAUGGACCAUCAGACAGCCAGGUUCCCACAACUCAUGGACCAACGACGACCCGUGGGCCAAGAACCACCCAAAUUCUUCCAACUCACGGACCAGCAACCAUCCAGGUAUCUACAACUGCUCCAUCAACUCAUGGACCAAUAACCACCCACAUGCCCAUAACACAUAAAGCAGUAACGACCCAGGCAUCUGGACCAACCACGACACAAAUUCCCACGACUCAUGGAUCAACAAGCACCCACAUGCCUACAACUCAUGGACCAACAACCACCCACAUGCCUACAACUCAUGGACCGACAACCACCCAGUUAUCUACAACUCAUGAACCAACAAGCAUCCAGGUUGCCUCAACCCAUGGGCCAACCACCGCCCAUGGGCCAACAAGCACCCACAUGCCCACAAUCCAUGAAGAAGUAACCACUCAGGCAUCUACAACCCAUGGACCAACCGCCAUGCAGGUUCACACAACGCAUGGACAAAGAAGUACCCCAGUACCUACAACUCAUGGACCAUCAGACAGCCAGGUUCCUACAACUCAUAGACCAUCAGACAGCCAGGUUCCCACAACUCAUGGACCAACGACCACCCAUGGGCCAAGAACCACCCAAAUUCUUCCAACUCAUGAACCAAUAACCACUCACAUGCCCAUAACACAGAAAGCAGUAACGACCCAGGCAUCUAUAUUCCAUGGACCAACCACUACCCAAAUUCCCACAACCCAUGGGCCAACAACCACCCACAUGCCCAUAACACAGAAAGCAGUAACGACCCAGGCAUCUAUAUCCCAUGGACCAACCACUACCCAAAUUCCCACAACUCAUGGAUCAACAACCACCCACAUGCCCACAACUCAUGGACCGACAACCACCCAGGUAUCUACAACUCAUGAACCAACAAGCAUCCAGGUUGCCUCAGCCCAUGGGCCAACCACUGCCCAUGGGCCAACACCCACCCAUGGGCCAACCACCGCCCAUGGGCCAACAACCGCCCACAUGCCCACAACUCAUGGGCCAACAACGUCUCCACCACCAGUCGUCAUUCUUUCUGCGACUUUGGAGGAACCUUUUGUAGAAGAAUUCAAUGAUGUCAAUAGUGAACAGUACAAAGCUCUUGAAACACAAGUGGUCACGGCGUGUGACAUCAUCUAUAGGGCAAGAUUUGGUUUCAUCUUCAUCCGCACCUAUGUCAUCCAAAUCAUCCGCGUAGUGGUCAUCACGCGAAUGGACAACACGCGAGUGGAUGUGGGACUGGAGUUUGUGGACACGGCGUCAACCCCGCAGGAUGACCUCGUCGUUUCCACUUUGCAGGAAACACUCAGUCAACCCAACAACACGUUCAACAUCAGCAUCGUUCAAAACAGCGUUAAAGUCUUACAAUCUCCACAUAAAGCGAAUUCAACAACGCCAAAGCCUGCUUCUACGACCAAAAAGGCACCAUCAACGCCAUUGCAGCUAACAAUACGGACAUUGAGGUUUACGUCAGUGGGCGAGACAUUCAUCAGUGACUUGCUCAAUCAGUCGUCUGCUCCGUUUAUUGCUCGAGCGACGAUGAUCAAAACUACGCUUGAACCUUUCUACAGCAGCGCCUUUUCCUCUUUCAACUCCUUGAGAGUUACAUCAUUCAGUAAUGGCUCAAUCAUCAACAACAUGAACUUGAGGUUUAUAUCGGGGUCGGUGCCCAACAACACCGCCAUUGGACAAGUAUUGAUCGACGCUGCGCCGAACAUCACGGCAUUUAACGUGGACGUCACAUCCAUUUUUGUGAACGGAAUGCAGGUUUCCAGUGGAACGAGCCACAAGACGAGCAUCAUCACUGCAUCCUGCCUAGCGCUGUUGUCAUGGUUACUGUCCAGCCAGCACUAGCAUCAGCAUCAAUGUGUAUGUUAAUAUAUAGAUCUAUAGCUAAUAUAUAUUUUCAUUGCAUUUAAUGUGUUACAAUUGAACAAAGUUCCCAAACUGACGCUCAGGGGCCAAGAUGUGUACGCUUUUUCUUUUGGGUUGCUAAUAAAAUAAAGUCAUUUAUUUGCAAGAUGGGUGUUCUUCCUCCUCUUGAAUAAAGGUUUUUAACUACGUUAAAAAGCCAUAGCAUUUCAGUAUGUGGAAUCAAACUAUGGAAUGGAUUGAGUAAGGAAAUCAAACAAUGCACAACGAUGAGAGACAAUUCAAGAAACAAUACAAGCAGUUGAUGUUUGCUAAAUACAAGGAUGAAGAGUCUUGAACCAGUCAUGAUGUGCUAUAUAUAUCACUAUAUUGACACUUACUAUGGUACACAUUAUGUCAUUGGAUGCUCAUAUCACCUUGUACUUCGGUACGAGGUGCAUUAUUAAAAAUAAAAAAAACACAAAAAAACCUUAAACUGUAUUAUGGAAAGCAGGAAGUGAACAAAUGUAACAGUUACUGAUUGUAAAAGUACCAGAUGGAGGGGUAGGAUUUAAUAAGCUUUGCUUCUUCCUACUCCUUUUGGACAUGUGGAACUGUGAACU